AUGACGACGGCAACGACAACGACAACGACAAACGCCGACACGACAUCGACGAACGAAGAAAUGCUGAGCGCCGGCUGGGUUCCUCAGCGGCGGGCUCUCGGGAGGGAUGAGGAGAGAGGGAGGGAUGAGGACGUGAAGAUGCAGCUUCUGGACGAGCAUGAGAGCGAGAGCGAGAGGGCAAGUGAGAGAGGAGGAAGUGAGAGUGACACUGGGAUUGAGAUUGAGGCUGAAGAUAAGGAUGACGAUGAAGAUGAAGAUGAGGAUGAGGAUGAGGAUGAAGAUGAAGAUGAAGAUGCCUUGCCGAAGAUGAGGAGUGCGAGUGCAAAGGGUGUGCUCUGGGUGGUGCUUGCGACCGCUGCGACGCUCAAUGGGAGGAUACUUCUGAGAGGAGCCUUCCCAUUCUACUUCACGCUCCUCCUCCAUCUCGGCGCCUACGCCAUGGCAGCCCUCACGCUGCUGCUCCUCAAACUCCGCACCUUCUGGAUUCCCAAAGCCUCCGAACCAAGCGACGCAUACUCCUUGUCCGAAUCCUUCCUCGUCGGUGUCCGGACCAUCGUGUCCUCGUCCAUUGCGUCGCUAGCAAUGCUCCUCGGUGCCCAAGCCCUGCAGCAUUCCCCGAAUCUUCCAGUCUUGGCCAUGCUGCCCAUCGCCACCUAUGUUACCGACAGCCUGUUCUUCCGUAUGGCCUAUAUCGUUCGGAUACUGCCCCGGGACCUGAGCUGCGGGAUACGGUACUUCUACAAGGUCGUAUGCGUGCUGCUCGGAGUCCUCCCCCCCGUGAUGUUUGACUACCGACUCAGCAACCGGAGCUUGGUAUUCGCUGCAGCUGGAUUCGCUCUCGCCAGUCUCUCGAGGGUCGUUGCCUGUGUACGACCGAGGAUUGAGCCCAAGGGCCCCCAGAGCUGGGACGGUCCGCUGCGCGCCUACCUGCUGGCGGGGCUCGCUCCCAUGCUCGUGGCGGGCAUUGCGACCUCGAAGUACGAGAAUGUCACGGCGGCUUCGCACAUCGCCGGGUCGUGGGACGUGGCGCACAAGUUGCUGUAUCUUGGUCCGGGGGUGCUGCUGCUGAUAGUCUUUGGCAGCGCGAUGAAUAGCGCGUAUCCGUUCACGUCGAAGGUUCACGUCGGAGGAGCGCUGGAAGACCCGUCGGCGGCGGCCACGGAUGCAGUAGCGAGCACGCUCCAAGCUGGCUUCUUUACCCUUGCCAUUGGAGUCUUUGGGCAGGAGAGGAACUUUGUCGAGUGGCUACAGGUCAUCCCGGUCACGCUGAUCUAUGUCGUUUGCGUUGGACCAAGACACAUUGGCUAUUACCCACCGCGACUCUUGAACCUCAUCCUCCGGCUAUUCAGACGCAGACAGCUGCCGCUCCAUACGGAGCCAUGGCAGUUACUUUUCUUCCUCGCUACGUCGACCGUCAUCUUUGCCAUUCUGAUCAGCUGCAAUGCCAUGUACUUGAUCGAUACGGUUGCGCACCAGCAUGACCUCAAGACCUGGCAUGACCCCAGCACGAUCAUGCUGGACACCCUCUACCGGGCUCCUCAACUCCGGUCCUUCGAUGUGAUCAUUGCACACUCCGAGGGCGAUCCCGUGGAGGCCAUCGCCGACUUGGUCCACCUUUUCCCCACCCAGCACCUCAUCUCCUGGCUGAGCCCACGGGUCACGGUCUACAGCAAAGACCCCAGCUUCAGCAUGACGGACGCCACAGUACAAUUCAUCAGAGGCGAAUUCGGCGGCGACCUGUCCAUCCAAACUUUGAACAACACUGGUGGCGUCACAGCCACCUUCCUCCACCACAUCAUCGAUAGGUGGGCCGUCAUGUCUGUCCAGACGAUCUUCCUGUCCACGGCCACGGCCACCGCUGCGCAGACCCGCCUCCACCUCCAACGCUUCCUGGACUACUUCACCCCCAUGGGCUUCCCGCUCCCGGACGCCACCCCCAAGACCGGCUUCCUGCACCUCGGCGAGCAGGAAGCCUGUCGCUGCGAAUCGUGCUUCGACUCGCUCGGCUGGGAAGACUCCUUCCACCUUGUCCCUAGUAUGUGGUCGGCCAGCCGGCCGGACGAGCCGGGGGUAUCGCCCGCCCCUCACUGCGGCUCGGUCAUGCUGACGCGGGGCAAUAACUUCGUGGCGUCGGCGGCGCGCAUCCGCGGCGUGAAGAAGGACGUCUGGGAGAUGCUGUACGACGGCCUCGUGAAUGAGGACCUGAGCAACGCCUGGGCGCACAAGAAGGAGAAGCUGCCCGUCGUGCUGCCGGGGGAGAUGGGCCGAGGCCGGUUCCGCCCGGGGGAGGUGUAUGGGGCGCCGGACGGGCUGGAGAGGCCGUACCUGGGCUUGACGGUUGAGCGGCUCUGGGGCGUGCUGCUGCAGUGUAGCCGGCCGGAGAUUGCGUGGGGGUGUCCGAGUUUGGAGAUUAGAUGGCGGUUUGGUGGGAAGAAGGGAGAAUGUGGGUGUCUUGAGUAG